AACCCAUAUAAACACCGUCUCCCAUCUUACCCCCCCUUAACCCCCCUGAUAGUCUCCCAUCAUAUUCAAGCUCAACCCUAGACCCCGUCAUUAGAGUGUUCCAUCCUCCCAAACCACCUAUCAUGCCCCCCAAACUCCCCAGCUACUCCCGUCCCGGCCGCGGCCAACACUUCCAAGACGAAUAUGGCUUCUCCGAAGCCUGCAUUGCCGGCGACAGAAUGGAGAUUGCCGGACAGACCGGAAUGUCGCCCACCUCCACGACCAUCCCGCCCACCCUCGAAGAAGAAGUCGCCCAGGCAUUCGCCAACAUCAACGAGGUGAUCCUGUACGCGCUGGAGCGGGCCCGGCCAGAGCUGCGCGCCCAGGUGGCCACCGGGUGGGAGCUGGUCACCAAGUUGCGCAGCUACCACGUCAACCUUCCUCAAACCCGGGAGACGAUCAUCGGGCUGAUGGUGGACGAGGUCCGCAAGUGGUGUCCCGGGCACCAGCCGACGUGGACGAUGCUGGGGAUCGAGGCGCUGCCGUUCGAGGGCCAGAAUCUGGAGAUCGAGGUGGAUGUUUAUCUGGGUCCGUCGGGGGCUUAGGUAGGCCCUUUGGGUUUUGAGAGAGAGGGGGGGUUGGUUGGUGAGGUGGGCUCGUUGGUCUUUACAUCAAUUGAGAGGGGAGGAUGUUGUGUGCAUGUACAUAAUUGUUCUGGAGCGGCUGUGGUUGAAGUAUCCAGUGUUGGACUGAUACGGAUGUAACACGUACUAAUAGUGUGGAUACUAUAUAAUCUCUUGCUUUCCUCUGUUUGAGGGCCAAACCAAAGGCUAGAAUAGGC